AUGUCUCCACGCAGCACCAUCAAAGAUAUCAUUAUCACCCCUGUGGCAUUCCAUGAUAUGCCCCUGCUGAACAGCGUGGGUGUGCACGAGCCUUACGCCUUACGGAGCAUUAUCGAAAUCAUCACAGAGGACUCUUAUGGUCUUGGCGAAUCUUAUGGAGAUUCCGCUCAUCUAAACCGUCUGCAAAAAGCAGCAGACAAGAUCAAGGGCCUCUCUGUAUACAGCACAAACAUCAUUUACCAGAAAUGUGCUGAAUCGCUCAUCAGCGAUACCAACACAGGUGGUGAUGGGAUGGGAGGAAUGGUGACCACAGCCUCAGUUACCGAUAAAGUCUUUUCGCCUUUUGAAGUUGCCUGCCUAGACUUGCAGGGAAAGCUAGCAGGAAUCUCUGUCAGCGAUCUUCUCGGGGGGCGUGUGAGAGACUCGGUCCAAUACUCGGCCUAUCUCUUCUACAAAUGGGCCGGCCAUCCUGGUGACGAGGAUGAUGAGUACGGCGCUGCGCUGGACCCGGAGGGUGUCGUGAAGCAAGCAAGAAAGAUCAUAGACGAAUAUGGCUUCAAAGCUAUCAAGCUCAAGGGCGGUGUCUUCCCUCCUGCAGAAGAAGUUGCAGCCAUCAAAGUCCUACACAAAGCAUUCCCCGGCGUGCCAUUGAGACUCGAUCCCAAUGCAGCUUGGACGGUAGAGACUUCAAAAUGGGUCGCCAAAGAGCUUGACGGUAUUGUAGAGUAUUUGGAAGAUCCAGCUGGUGAGAUUGAAGGAAUGGCGGCUGUGGCUCAGGAAGCUUCAAUGCCACUUGCAACCAACAUGGCAGUCGUUGCUUUCGACCACCUACCACCUUCAAUACUGCAAAGUGCGGUGCAAGUCAUUCUAUCCGAUCACCAUUUCUGGGGUGGUCUCCGCAAGUCACAAACACUAGCCUCGAUAUGUGCUACUUGGGGUCUGUCGCUAUCCAUGCAUUCCAACAGUCAUCUGGGCAUCUCACUGGCUGCAAUGACGCACCUUGCGUCUGCAACACCCAAUCUAGACUAUGCGUGUGAUACUCAUUGGCCUUGGAAGCGCCGGGAUGAGGAUGUUGUUAUUGACGGUGCCUUGAAGUGGAAAGACGGCGGUGUCGUGGUGCCGUCUGGACCUGGUCUAGGCGUUGAACUGGAUAGGGAGAGGCUGGCGAAGCUUCAUCAGCAGUAUCUGGACUGCGGAUUGAAGAAGCGUGAUGACACAACUUACAUGAAGAGGUUCAAGCCAGAAUUCUCUGAGAAGAUUCCUCGAUGGUAG